GAUUCUCUGAUUUUGAUAGUCUAAUUGAUCAGUUUUUGUGGUGAGCAAUAUUGUUCGUCGCUGUAGUCACGAUCUGAGAUUUCUGGAAUCUGCAAAUUUCUGUUUCCGGCGAUUUACAGAGAGAGAGUGAGCUGGAAAUAGGUACCGCAGUAGAUGGCGAUUUUAUAUGCGUUGGUGGCUCGUGGAACGGUGGUGUUAUCGGAGUUUAGCGCGACUUCGACCAACGCGAGCUCAAUCGCGAAGCAGAUUUUGGAGAAGCUGCCGGGAAACGAUGACGAUAGCCACGUGUCCUACUCUCAGGACCGGUACGUCUUCCACGUCAAGCGAACCGAUGGCCUUACCGUCCUCUGUAUGGCCGAUGAAACCGCCGGAAGGAACAUUCCGUUUGCGUUUCUGGAAGAUAUUCACCAGAGAUUUGUGAAAACAUAUGGCCGUGCAAUUCAUUCAGCUCAAGCUUAUUCCAUGAAUGAUGAUUUUUCAAGAGUUGUGAGUCAGCAAAUGGAAUUCUAUUCCAAUGAUCCAAAUGCAGACAGGAUGAGCAGAAUCAAAGGGGAAAUGAGUCAGGUUAGAAACGUGAUGAUUGAGAAUAUUGAUAAAGUCUUGGAUAGAGGUGAGCGUUUGGAGUUGCUAGUUGAUAAAACGGCAAAUAUGCAAGGGAACACUUUUCGUUUCAGAAAGCAAGCUCGCCGUUUCAGAAGCGUAAUGUGGUGGAGAAAUGUCAAACUUACGAUUGCUCUGAUACUUACACUCUCAGUGGUUGUAUACAUUGCGAUGGCCUUUGUUUGCCACGGUCCAAGUCUUCCUUCUUGUUUCAAGUAAGAAGACAAUCUCUUAAUUGCACCUUUCCCUUCAUCAGAUUCUGCUUCAAUUUUGUAAUUUGUGAUAUGCGUUGUGUAAAAUGUGUGUUUUUAUAUUCUUUUUCAAGUAUCAGUUUCUGUAUUUGCUUUGAUUUAGAGGAUCGAUCGUUAUGAUAUUUCACUGUUAAUAUUCACCCCCUUCUGUCUGCAAUGCAAUAUUCUGUACGCUGAUAAUGUGAUACAUUUAUA